AUGUCACUCCACGUUCACUGCCACAUCAGCGGAGGUCACUUCCUGCUGAACGCCAUUGCAGCUCUCAGAUUCUGGAUCUUCAGGAAGGAGCUUCCAGUCGUUUUGGAGGCAUUCAGACACGGCGACAGGGCACUCUUUGAUAAGCACCCAGACCUAGAGGAUGCACUGGUGUGGGUGCACUUCCAUUCCAACAUUCCAGAGUACAACAGACACGAGUGCUGGGGACAUCUGCAUUCAGCAGCCCAGACUGGAGCAGAGAAGACACAAUCUCAACUCAGCUACGGGGCACAAAGAGUGGUCGAAGCUAUCGGUACAGCAGCAGAGAGGGAGCAUCAGUGGCCGGUUGAAGAGAGAAGAGUGGCCAUGGCAGGCUUCGAAAUCCCUCCACCUCCAUAUGAGGGUGAUAACAACAAAAUCAACUAG